GCCGCGCUGCCAUGUUGCCGAGCCUCCCGCGGCGCCAGGGCCCGGCGGCUGUGAGGGGAACAAAAGCGGCGCCGAGCACUCCCCGGCCUUCGCUGCGCGGCCUUCCCUCGGCUCGGCUCGGCACGGCAGCAGGCGGAGCUCUGCACCGCGCGCUCCUUUUCAAAUCUCUCUGGCCUCGAACACCGUUGUUUAGUGUUGGAGUGUGAGGGGGCUGUUUUCUUUCCGUCGCGGCUGGGACUUGGUGGAGGCAAUGGAAAGGGCUGCCGAGCAGUCCUGGAACAGCUACACCUACCAGGUGAGCCAGCACAGCGCCGACAUGUUGAAGAAACUCAACGGUCAGAGGAAGAACGGCGGCCGUUUCUGCGACGUGGUGCUUCGGGUGGGCGACGAAAGCUUCCCGGCGCACAAGGCCGUGUUAGCCGCCUGUAGCGACUACUUCGAGUCUGUGUUCGGCGCGCCCGUCGACGAGGCCCAAGGCCGCGAGCUAGAGAUGCACACCAUCAGCGCCAAGGUCUUCAGGGACAUCUUGGACUUCGCCUACACCUCCCGCAUCGUGGUGAGGCUCGAGAGCUUCCCGGAGCUCAUGACGGCCGCUAAGUUUCUGCUCAUGAGGUCGGUCAUCGAGAUCUGCCAGGAGGUCAUUAAACAAUCCAACGUCCAGAUCAUGGUGCCACCGGCUAGGGGAGAUAUGAUGGUCUUCCGCCCCGCCAAUGUAGACUUCAGUUUUGCCCUGGACUUAGCCGCUGCUGCUUGUGCCAAUGGCAACUUUGUGGGGGAAAAUGGACACCUGCAGGCGGCUGGUGAUGUCAAGGUAGGUAGCCCUGGUGCACCAGCUCCUGCUCCCGCCCUGCCGCCUCUGCAGGGUUCUUUACCUGUGAUGGAUGGCUUGGUGACUUCGCCUGCAACACCGACCCUCGUGGCCGGUCAGUUCCAGGCUCCGGUGAACUCGGUGGGCACUGACCAUUCCAAGGUGGUCAAGAGGGGGCGCGGGCGGCCUCGGAAGGCCCCUCUGUUUGACUUGCCGCUGCUCACAGCACCGUUGGCCAUGAGGGACGAGGGGUUUUACCCCUGCAGUUUCUGUGGGAAAGUGUUCAAGAAUGCAAACCGCCUCUUGCUCCACGAGGCUCAACACACGGGGCUAAAUAUGGAACUGGGGUCGGGGGAGAAUCAGGUUCCAGGACUUGGGGACAAUCUGCUAGCCUCUUCAAGCAGCCUGGACAGCCCCCGAAAGAGAGGCAGAAUGAGGAAAAACGUGGCCUGUGAGCUCUGCGGUAAAGCUUUCAGGGAUGUUUACCAUUUGAACCGCCACAAGCUUUCGCAUUCAGGGGAAAAACCGUUUGAAUGUCCUAUCUGUCACCAGCGUUUCAAGCGAAAAGACCGGAUGACCUAUCACAUUCGGUCUCAUGAUGGAGCAGUGGGCAAACCCUACAUUUGUAUCAGCUGCGGAAAGGGCUUUUCCAGACCGGAUCACUUGAAUGGCCACAUUAAGCAAGUGCACACAGCAGAGAGGCCCUUUAAAUGUCAGACCUGUGAGGCUUCCUUUGCUACCAAAGAUCGUCUUCGCUCUCACUUGACAUGUCAUGAAGAGAAAGUUCCCUGUCAGGUGUGCGGGAAAUACCUACGUGCAGCCUAUAUGACUGAUCACAUCAAAAAACACAAUGAAGGACCAAAUAACAUCUGCAACAUCUGUAACAAAGGUUUUUCCACUGCUUCCUACUUAAGGGUCCAUAUUAAAACCCACCAUGGUGUCCCUCUUCCCACCUCGCACACUUCUGAUCCUUGUGACAGGCGGUGCAAGCCCCAGACUCAGAUCAUGAUUCACAAGCAAACGCAGAGCGGGGAGAUGGCUUUUCACUUUGACAGAACACGCUCGUUACAAGAUGGUGAGAUAGAUGGGCUGAAGUGCCAGCAUCAGGACCUGCAGGACAACUCUGACUCCUUUGCAGAUCUCUCAGAUAUCAGUGACCUUAAGUCUCCUCUGAAACAUGACCAGGAUGAGUCUUUUCAGUGUGACCUCAACAAUGGGAAAGUUAAAGUUGAGACCAAUGCUGAAUUGUAUGCAGAACCGAAGAAGUACACCUGCCCAGACUGUGGCUCUGUCUUUAAAUCAAAGUCCUACCUGAAUAAGCAUAUGCUGAAGGCCCAUGUCAAACCCAGUGAGGGAGCACUGAAUGACUUGCCUACUAGCCUAAGCUCACCCUUUUCAACCCAUCAGAACAUGUCUCUUUUGGAGUCAUUUGGAUUUCAAAUUGUGCAGAAUGCGUUCGGCUCAACUUUGGCUGAUCCUGAUCCUGAUCCUGAUCCUGAUCCUGGUCCAGACCAAGAACACAAGCAGAGUGCCGAGGACCCUGCUGACCAAAAGUGAGAUCUUAUUCAAGAGCAACUCCUCAAAUUAUAAAACAUGGUCAGGGUUGAGAAGCAGCGAUCAGAAUGAUCACAUUUUUUAAGACAUCCAAAACAAACACUGCCGGUUGGGAUGGGAUUGAAAAGCUAACAGUACCUUUUGGAUGGUGUGGUCUGUACCAACAUGACUAUCAGAUUUUGUGUACUCCAGGACAUUGCCUUUGGCAAAUGAUGAUUCCUUGCGCAGUAGGUAUCAAUUGCCCUAAAUCUUGGAUGCAGCAGGUGCAUUUGUUACCACAUUCAAUAUGUGAAUUGGGGGUUGGCUCCUGCAGCUGAUUUUUCCAUUUGACAGUUUCUGAUCAGAUUGUUAUAGUGAUACACCUCUAUGCCAGCUAGCUAGUGUCUUUCCGAUGAAAUUUGUUAAAAAUGAGCAAUUUGUAUUUUUAACAUACUAAAAAUAUACCAUGAUGUCUUUUUAAUUUAGAAAGGACAUUAUGGAAUGAAUUAGAUAACAGGUGUUAAAAUCAUUUUAGUAAUAAACAGAUUUUUAAAAAAAUAAGUAAUUGUAACUUCAGAUCCCAGAAGGAGAAUCUCUUGCAGAAGCCAUUGAUUCUUAUUGGGUACCCUCUUACAAAGACCUAGGUGCACAACAAUCAGAAUUAUCUGAGUGCUGUAGUUGAUAGAGAGUAAAAGUCAGAGUCAGCCAUGGAUUGACAUGUAAAGUAAGAGACAGCCAAUUAUACAUCUGUACUUAGUAUCAGGCAGCAUUUGUGAAAAGGGUGAAAAACACAGUAAAUGUCAGUUCUUCAUCCUGAGAUUUUAACAUUUUUUCCUGUCCAUAGAUGCUGCCUUACCUAUUAAGUCUUUCCAGCAUUUUCUGUUUUUAUUUCGGAUUUUCAACAUCUGCAGUAUUUAACUUUUGAUCAGUCUAUUGCAACCCCUUUAUACUUUGAAAAGAACUUCUCAAAAUACAAACAUCUUUGGCACAGUUUUAACUGAUAGCCGUGUGUGUUUGUGCUGGUUAUUAUUUGGUAUAUAUGACUAAGUUGUGGAAAAAUGUAUCUAGAUGACUUCAAAAGUAGUAGUAUUCAUAAACACAUUUACAAGUACAUUGAGAUAAUGAUAAGCCAAGAUUCCACAGACUUGCAUUUAACUGCAAAGUAAACUGACAAGUUUCUAAAUGAAAGUUUUCUGCGGUCAUUAACUACUGGCGGGUGGAGGGAGCCUCAAGUCCUUUGUCAGCAUGCUACAAUGUUUUGAGGUUUAAACAUUUAGAAAUUCAAUACCUUUUAAAAGUAUUUUGUCACUGAAGCCUUUUAACACACAAAAGCUCUUCAAUCUAAUUCGGUGUUUAAUGAAACCAGUUUAAGUCACCCAAAGCCUCAUUCUUGUAUCAUUUUCCUGUGCAUUGUAACCGCCGUUUUGAUCUUUUGAUAUUGGACACUAAUCUCUUCAGAGUAGUGAAUGACUGCAUUCCAAAGGGAUGAAAGAGUUUUGUUGAAUACAUUAUAUUAAUUAAAGUAAUUAGUGGAAAAAAAGAGAAUCUGGGUUGGGAGCUGGAGCAUUUUGUCCAGUUUAUGGGAAGCCUGAAGAUUGGUCAUAAAACUCUUGAAAUAUGUAGAAAUAAGAUGUGUGGGACAGGAAAAGGGCUGUUAGACACAAGUCAAAGUCCUUAGAGACAGUUGCAUCAGACUUUCAAUUUGUCGAUCACAGGGUAAAUGUAGCUCUCGGAAGUUAUUGAUAAUUUAUUGAUUAGCAAUGGGGUGAAAUUGAGCUCAAUGAUUUGUUAAAGAAGUUAUGUGAUGCUUUGGUAAAAUUACCGUUGGUAAAAAAAGAGGAAGAAUGAACUGAAUUAAAUUGAUGCUUCUAUUCUAAAUUUUGUACAUCAUGUUUUCAGCUUGAGUUGUGCAUCUAAACAAUAAACCCUUGUUUGAGUGCAGCAGAACUAAAGGGUGCAGUGUAAAGAAAUGAUUGUUACUUAGUAGUGUGAUUAAAAUUAGAUGUUUAUUUGGCUAACGUGAAACCAUCUAUUCUCUUUACAGUAGAAUGAUCAUAAAUGCAUUAACAUUUACAGACUUGGCCUCACAUUAAAAUUAAGAUGCAAACUGAAACUCCUUGGGUAUGGUGUGAUUGCAUCCAGACGAUGGUCAUCUUAAGUCAUGGAGUUGCUUGUCAAUUAGAUUUGAAUUGGUUGCUCCAGAAUCUGGACAUGAAGGGGAAGAGGGUAAAGUGUGGAUAUCUAACCUUGUUUGAGUGCUUUAUUUGUUUGGAUGAUUAUGUUGUUGUGAAUCUAACAGUUGCAGUAAAAGCUGCAGGACUUGAAGAGAGGAUUUAAGGUGGCGAAUCAGCCUGGGAGAACUGGAGGGUGGGGUAGGGGCACACAGGUGGUUAGUGAGAAGAAAUCAAGUGAGAGAAAAAAUAACUUUAAAAAUAGUAUUUCAAAGAAACACUAUGUUCACAAGGUCUAUAACUGCAAGUAUCCCCAAGCUGUCUUUCAGCACCAGAACCAUGUCCAAAGCUGAUCAGACAGAGGGGUCGCGGAGGUGGCUCAGAUGCCAAUUGAGCCUUGUUACAAGAGACCGGUUGUAUCUUUAAAGAAAUCCAGGUCCAAGUGUAGUUUCCCCAUCUUAGCUAGUAUAGCUGAAUCAUUAACCCUUUCAUUCAAGUUUCUGUGAUUUAUUUGGAUGGGAUGAAAAUUCUUUUGCCAUCUCUACUUUUGUGUUUAAGUUAAUGUUAUAGAUACAUUAGUAAUAUGUGGUUAUUUAUCCUGUUUUGUCUUGUUUUCUAAUAUAUAUGUAUAUGUUUCUUAAAGCUUUGUGCUGGGGAAUUUUCUACUUGGAUGGUUCUGAGUUUGGAACACUUCAUCAGGUCGAGUCUGGCAUAUACACAGCAAUGUUUUUCAAAUAAAGCAUUUUCCCAUCUAUCAGCUGUUCUUGCAGCUUCUCUGAAGUAGACGCAGAGGCACCUUGAAGGACUAGUUGAUGGUGUUAUCAAAUAUUCUUUCAAUUAACAGUGUCACACCCUGCAGAGAAUGAACAUAUUCUAUGUCAUCUACAUUAAAGCUACAUAUUAAAGAGUAGGGUACACAUAGCUAAUUCGUUCCCUUUCUUUGCCUUGUUUAAGUGUCUAAAACUUAAGAGUUAUCCUUCACUUAUCACUGGAUUGAAAGUAACUUAAUUAUCCCAGAAAUAGUUUCCAAUAACUGUUCUGUUUAGAUUAAGAUUUAUCUGGUCUGUUUACAUUUCAAAGACUAAUUUGUUGUUUAUAUACAUUAUUCAUUUUUAUGAUGUCACAUUUUAAAUGCCACCUGUUCAAUUUCCAGGUUUGAGCCUUUUGUCAUUAACUAGUAGAAGCAUUUCAGCCUAAUGGUCAUAUAGGUGAGAAAAAUGAUCUUACAGUCCUGAUUCCUGAUUCAGUGACCUUUGGAAACUACCUUGGGCUAUUGAGUGUGUUGAUUAAUUAUUUUUAUUACAAACACUGGUAAAUACAUUGCUAACACUUAUCACAGAGAGGUGCAGCACAGAAACAGGCCCCUUGAUUCCCAAAGUCAGUCAGCAGAUAACACUAUUUCUACACUAAUCCUGUGUUUCUUCUAUUCUCCAACAUUCUCAUCAACUACCACUCAAUCUACACACUCAGAGCAGUCUGUAGAACCUACUUACCCACAAGCCUUUAGGAUGUGGGAGGAAACUGGAGCACCUGGAAGAAAGUCACAGUCAUGGUGAGAAUUGAACCUGGUUCUUCAGCGCUAUGAGACAGCAGCUUUACCAGCUGAUCAUUAUGCAGUGAUUUUGCUCAUGUGGCCACAGAUCAGGUUUAUUAGGUCUCAUCCCAUUUAAGGUUAAUGCCACUACUCAGUGUCUAGGCUCACAAAACAAAACCCAGAGUCUACUGUAACCCCCAAAUCAGUGCCUUCAUGGAUAGCGGAAAGAACAGCACUGAGUGGAAACAGUAUGAUCUGUAUUAAAGCAGUUAACAAGUACAGGUUUUUCUAUAUUGAUUGAAUCUUUUAUAUAAUUGAAGAGAAUGGAAAAUAACUUCUAAUGAAAGGUCACUGGCCCGGCAAAUAGAUUCUCUAACUUUUACCACAGGUGCUGCCCGACUAUUUUUAGUAUUUUCUAGGGUUUUUAUUUCAGAUUUCUAUUAUCUAGUUUAUGUUUAGCUUUUUUUUUAUUAUUACUUUCUUGGAUUCCUUUUGUCAAAGGAGGUGCUUGAUUAACAAAAAUUAAUGAUCAUAGAUGAAAAGUACGUUUUCUCAAAUAGUGAUGUACAUUGAUAGGAAUAACACAAAAUAUACAUUUAAUCAAAAAAGCCUUUUUUAACCUUUGACAAAGCAAUAGUCUGGUUGUAUAGCCAUGGAUGUUACCAAAGAAAUGGUGAUUCCCAAGUUGUGAUUUAGUCUUGCUGGAUUUUAUUUAAGCUUUGCUCAAACAAUGAUAUGACAGCUUGCAAAGUGAUGUUUUCUCAACUCCUAUUAAGCAUUUGGUAGACUAACUUGCAGGUGCCAUAUCAUUUAUAAAGCACUGAAUAACAGAAAUAAGCUACUUAAAAAAUCUAUAAUGACCAAAUAAGUAAAGAGGUAGCAGACAUAUUGUUAUGAAGUCAAAGAUCUAACUUCAGGAGAGUUUCCUUUGGCCAUAGAGUAAUGAGGUAUUGGAUACUAAAGAUCUUUCCCAGGAUCCAAUUCUGUUUGUUGCAUAUUUAAGGUUUCAUAAAAUUUUGUAGUUUCCUUUUAAUCAUAUUUGUAUAAAAAUGCAUUCAGUAUUUUUAUUCCCUUUUUUUCCCCAAGUAUCCAGAAUUUGCUUUAUGAAAUGUAAUAAAAAAAAUUUGCUGUACCAACAGUACUUUGAUCUGAUCUCAAGAGUUUAUCAAGUGAGUUUGAUCCUGAUCUUUGCCAAGCCAGUUGGUCUCAGGUGGGUGACAAUACGAUGGCAACAAAUGAGCUUGACUCUCCUUGGCUGGAAGCCUAGUGGGUGACAGCACCUAUUUCUGCUAGAAAACAUGAGUGCACUUUUGAAGAAAGAGGGCAAAGUUGACAAUUCAAAAGAAGAGAAAUCAGACCUGGGGCACAUUUAAAGCAUAGAAACCCUGCAGUUUCUGAACACUGCUUCACUAGUCUGACAGUUUCUUUGUCACCAUGACUUAAAUAAUUCUAAAAGCAGGAUGACAUUAUUUACUUUUUGUCAAGAUUUAAAUAAUUGGGACAUCUAAAAUUUUGAUUGUUAAUUCAGGUUUACAAGAGAGGACCUGUAGCAGUGAAACAAAUUAUUUGGUGCAGUGUGUCUGUGAUGCUGUAUGUGCUCCAUGACACCUUGUGUCACCCAGAUUCAUCAUUGUAAGCUAUUCCUAUCUACUCACAGAUGUAACUUCCUCUGAAGUACUUCUGUGCAUGUAACUUGGUAGCACGUUAAUCACUCUGGAUAAAGGAGGUUCUCCUGAUUUUUUUUUAAAGAUUUAUUAAUGAAUAGCUUACCUAUAGAGUUCAAGAUUUGACAUCCCCCUGACAUGUAGAAAUAGCUUCUGUACAUAAGAUAUAUACUGUGCCAGGCUUAAAAGUCUGCAAGGCUAAACCUGAGCAUUUUUCAUUAAAUGGUCAAGGCCAGUGUCUUCAGCCUUUUCCUGAUGGUCUCUCAGUUUUGGCACCAUCAGUGUACUUUUUUUAAUGCACCUUCAGUACCUCAAUAUAUUUUUGUUAUGUGGGUAUGGGUGCUGUAAGUAUUGCAGUAGGAGUUUAGUUUAACCUCUUUGCUUGGGGCUUAUCAGUGCACACUUUUUAUUGUUCAUCUCUGAAAUUGUAUCUUAAAUUGUGUGGAGUUUGGCGUCCAACACUAAUGGAAAAACAAGACUCUUAAAAAUCGGUAUUCUGCCACUACUAGAGGAACAAGAUAUAUCAACCGUUAUUUGUUAGUGGGAGACUAACUUCUGUGUCAAUAAAUUGCAGAUUUAACAUAGAAAAUGCUGGAGGAACUCAGCAGGUCAGGACACAUGUAUGAAAAGGAAUAAAGAGUCGCUGUUUCAGGCUGAGAGCCUUCGUCCUGAUUAAGGAUUUCAGUCCAAAAGGUUGGCUGUUCAUUCUUUUCCGUUGAUACUUCCUGCCCUGCUAAGUUCCUCCAGCAUUUUCUGUGUAUUACUCUGGAUUUAGGGCAUCUGCAGAAUGUCUUGUGUUUUGAGUUGCAGGUUUAAGUGACUUUGUAAAAAAAAUGAAAUCCUACAAUAUUGGUUAUUUGAUGCUUUCCUUAUAAACGCUGUGGGUAAAUACACACAUUAAAUGAGGGUCUGAUACAGAGCCCAUGAGGCUUUCAUUGGUUAGGAUGUCAUUUGAUGCUACAUGGAUCUGUAUAAAACAGGUAGGCUCUGUGGUUGGCCUCAGCCUGAUUGGUACUAAGUUUCAGUUAUCACAAAAGAAGCAAUAGAAUGCUGUAGUUAGUUUCCUUUCUUCAAUCCAGGAAGGAAGGUUCCACGUCAUUGCUACCCACUCAUUGACACUUAAGAGCUGCAGGUGUGUGAACAUGCCAAGAAUAGGGUGAGACUUGGCAGUGUUGCCUAUUCCCUCUGUCGUUGAUUAUCUCUCCGUUGAGUGGAAUGUGGGCAAUAACUAAACUUGAGCUGAAGUCCAAGAGAUCCCAUCAGAUAUUGAGGGAAGUUGUGGUUAUCGUGUAGAUUUGGGAUGGGGGGGAGUGGGAGGUUAAGGUGGUCAAGAAUAACAGCAUGAGGGUAGGGGUGAUGUUACAGAACAGAAAAUGCCCUUACCCACUCACCGGCUUCCAACGUCAAGAUAGGAUCUGUGCAACCAGUUACAUUUUGUUAAGUACUCUGCUGGUUAUUGAGGGUUCCUACAGGUGAAAUCUAUGCUGAACCCUUUGGAGAUUUGUUUCUUAGCAGUUGUCAAUGGAAACAGUAUCUCUUGCCCUCCGUGUCCUCAGAGUUUUCAUGUUUGUGCUCAGCAAUAAUAUUGAACGUAUUGCUGAUGGUAAGCAUGUUGUUGGAAAGGGACUGUACAAUCAAUACGGUAUGGACUUUGCCUAGCACACAAACAAGAUAUUCAGUCCUCCAAACCAAGUGAUAGGUUUGCAGACUCAGCACAAGUACUUCCAUUUUUCUUUUGAUACUCAGCCCCAUCCCCUUUACUUCCUGUUUCUCAGCAGCCUGCCUUAUCUUCUGAUGUGGCAGGUCCUUUGAUACCAUGCAGUUUGCCAGAGGAUAUGAAUAGUCGUUUAAGGCUCAGAAUCAGGCAGUUGGUUUCCACCAUGCCUGGCUCCUUUAAAUGUGUGUUCACAAUAGAAAUAAUUUGCCUCACUUAGAGCAACUACUAAGCAGUCACUGAAGCUACAGAAUUUCACAUAGCUAAUUAAAACAAUAUUUGAAGGCUAGUGCAAAAAACAAGAGGGAGAUGGUAGUUCUGGCACCAGCAUGUACAGUUCCCUAAACUGGGAGUGUUUUGUUUCAAGUGUUUUUGCCAGAAAGGAAAUGUACAAUAGUGUGAGUUCAAUAAUUCUUAACAUAUAAAGUAAUUGAUAGGUGGAUGGGAAGUCACAGGCAUUUAAGUACUAAACGUCUGAAUCAUUUUAUAUACCAUACCUGAAACUUACAUUCAGUUAAUAUCUUAAACUGCUUGUUUCCUGUGCUCCACUUGUGAUGUGUUCAGGUUUAGUAGAACAUAAUAAAUUUCUAGGGUGUGAGCUUCAAGGCGCCAUACAAACAUAUGUGUUAUAUCGAUCAUGUUACUAUUAAGAAAUUUAUUGGCUUUUUCUUUUCUACUUUAUUCAGUACGAUGUACACACCCUGAUGAUUGCAAAGCUGCUUGAGAGACAAGCAUUUGUUUCCGUCUAUAUUGGCCUCUAAACUGUAGAAAACUGAAGUAGAUGAUGUAAUGUAAUCUGUUCAAUAUUUUUAUACUGUGGACGCUGGGAAAAAGGAGGAUAAUGAAUUCAGAUGGUAGUGCUCAUGACCUCCUGAAGAAUUACCUUUAGUUUGUGUUUCCAUGUAAUUAAAAGCAAAUUUUUAAUAUGUUUAAUAAUUGUCUGUGUCUUAAUUAUUUAAAUGUCUUAAAAUGCUGUAGUUGUGAAAUAUUCAGUAUAUCCCACGGAUGAGACCAUCAUUCACAACACAGAUUGAGAAGUUCUGGUGCUCAGAUCAUCCAGCUACUCCAUUGAUCCCAUUAACGUGGGUUAUUUUUCAGACAGGUUAUAAAAACAGUAUAUUUUUUGGGGUUUUUUUUGUUGUCAAGUUACUGCUUAAAUGUUGAGUUUUAGUUCCAUUGGCAUCUGCUGCAUGUUCACUUAUGAACAGUGCAGUGUUCCCUUGCAGUAUUCAGUAGAGUGUAAAGUAGGCAUGUCGGGAUUCUUCAAUUUAGCUGAAGGCACCACUCAGUUAAGUUGUUGAAUUUUCCCUUUCAGACUUGGGCUGUGUGUGGGGAGUGAAUUUCAAACUGGAACACAGGGCUAGUUUACAGAGUUCAAGCAGAUCACGCUGCUACUGCGAGCAGCCAGGUUAAAGAGUGCAUUGAUGUCUUUGUAAGCUUUUAUGUUGUCCACUCGGAGGGUGGUGCUUGCUGAUUCCUAUAGACCUAUCAGGAAUGGAGGUUCUGUGGUAGUUGAGAUGGAGGUGUUGUCUUGUGUCAGAUGCCUUGCAUUCUAGACCCUGGUCAGGAGCAUGGGCUGGCACAGAGCAGACCAUUCUGCAGUUAUGCCAGGCAGGUGUAACUCAAGUAAAACGUGCAGUCACGUCAUUUAAAUUUUAACAACUUCGUGCAGCUAAGCUACGCAGCACUGUUCCAGCACCAUAUUGAAGGCCUGGUUAAUUUGUGGUAUGAUGUACAGUACUUUCUGUAGUAACGGAUCAGAAAUUACAACCACAGCUUCCAUUGGUUUAAAAACUGAAUGCAUCAUAACUGAAAGGCUGUUUUCCAGAACAUUAAACCAAGCACUUAAGCGACAAUUAAAUCUCUCCAGUUUCUACCACAGACGCAGUUCCCCCUGCCCCAAUUAAAAACUCCAUCUGCUGUAUUAAUAUAGAAAACGCCUACAGUCAGAGUUCUUCAUGUCAGUCAGCCCCUCCAGAGGGGUGAUUCAUCACUGUGUAUUAGUGGUUAUACUUGGUUUCUGAAAGGAUAAGAGAACUGUCGGAACUAGCUUACUUUUGUAGCAAUUCAAUUAAUCAUUUCAGUCAGUUUAUUAGGAUUGUUGAGGGACUCAGGAGUGGAGGUGAGGGAGUUUGGUUUGAUAAUGUGGUUACUGCUGGUCGCUGGUCAAUAGGCCACGCUGCACCAGUCAAUGCUUGGAUGCUGUGAACAGAUGUAGCUGUUUCUCAUUAAGGACAAUGGCAUUCUGAUAUCCCUUCACUUUAGUGCAGUGAUACCACUUCCUAAAGUUUAACCAGGAGGGAGUGCCAGUGCAUGUUUAAUUGUGGUGUGAUUAUUACGUUUACUAUCCCUCCCCUUCAUCACCCAUCCAUUGUGAUAAAUCAGUAACUCCAUAAUCUGUUUGUCUCUGUGGGUUGCUUCUCAAAAUGCAAGGUGGAUACUUCCAAGCAGGGUAUUCCAAUUCCUCCUCCCAGGGAGAACCGAACCAGCACAGCCACUCGCUAGCAGCAAAGAUACAAGUACCUGAAGGAGCUCAGAGAGUGGUAGUAAGCACUCCACGUGUCAUUGGGCUGGAUUUUCAGAGUAGAAUUCUUGGGUCAACUAAAAUCUGGACAUGCAAAUGAUACUAAUGAGCAAGUGGGUGAUAUUUGACGGCUUCUCAAGAAGUUCAGAGAGAAAGUUAUAUAAUUUUGUUUUCUCUCUCACCUUUUCUGGAUUUGUCUGAUAACAGUCUGCUGAAAUACUGCUAGCUGUAAGAGUGUUUUAGCCAUAAAUGUGUAAGGAAUCAAAACAACCUGAUCACACUGUAGUUUUGCACCUUUCUCUGUUGUUAAACUCCGAUAUUGAAUAUGUGGUGACAACACAUAAGUGAUGCAGCUCAGUUACCAUGUGCCUUCAAUGGGAUACUUAUAAUGUUCACUGGAGUACCAUUUGUAAAUGAGAACCUGUUCAGAUUUGUUUUUGUAUCAUUUUCCCCAGGCAUUCUGAACUGGAUUUUAAAACUAGCAGUGUUAUCUUGACCAUCUGUAACAAAACUACAAGUGUUUUUGUUUGCAUUUUGUAAGGUGACUGAGAACAUGCCAAUCCCACAGGCAUGUGUUGCUUUUUUUUUGUACUAGCUUGCAAGUUAAAUUCCCUGAAUUGUGUAUUUACAGGAUGGGUGUAAUAUGACUUAUUAAUAAAUG